ACCGUAACAAGUUUGACCAAAGCCAAAGUUGGGGAAUUACAAAAGCAGGAACAACAGGGGAAAGGGACGAGAAGGAAUAUAGUGGCCUUAUUAAACAAGUAAAAGACCCAAAAUAUUGCUUCCACAACAUGGUGAAUCUACAGAACAAAUUCUAUUUUACCGGAUGGAAAUAAAAGGAACCCAGUUCUUUAUUUAUAUUUUGGAGCUAUAUACAAGAAAGAGAUGCAAGAAAAGGAUCAUGGUUGGCCAUAUAUACAUCAACCUAAGCUCUCCUUGUCCACGGGGAGCAUAACAAAUAAGCUCAAAGUUAAUUACAAAUUUACAAAUAUCUCUUCCUCUUCAAUAGUGAUGCAAAGAAGUGCAACUUUUGUUUCUUCUGCGUUUUCGAAUACGUUUUGGAAAGUGUCACAGUUAGCGGGCAAUGCCAAAAACUAUGUAGUGAACCUGGCCAAGGGCUUUUUGGAACGGAGAUUGUCUGAGAUGAAGAAAAGAUCUGCGUUUAUUGUGGGCCUUCAAUUUGAAAACCUAAACUUCGACUCCAUAGAACUCGUUUUCAAGAUCUCCGUGUACAACCCCUUCGAGUUUUAUCUUCCCGUCAGUCGGGCCACUUUCAAAUUAGAAAGCGGCGGCAGCGAGGCUUUAUCAGCGACGUUGAAAGAGCCUGCGUCACUGAAGCCGGGAGAAGAGUCCAUUUUGUUGGUGUUGGCGAAGGUGCCAUUCAGUAUGCUCAUGACCUUGGCAAAGGACAUUUCUGAAGAUGCAGAUAUUGACUAUGAGAUCGAUUUCAACAUCCAAAUUAAGCUUCCUAUCAUUGGGGUCGUUUCCUUGCCAAUACCUUGCCAACAACAGGGCCAGCUCAAGAUUUCUGAUCUGUUUACCAAUUUGUUGGAGGAAAUUAAUUAAUACUCUGUGAUGCCUUGGAGAGGGAAAAAAAUAAAAUAAAGAUCUCAUUGGUUGGGAUCCAUAAUAACCCAGAAGCUUAAGAAAUACAAAUUUACCAUGACUAUAUUAAUGAUGAAAUUAAACUUAUCAUAUAAAUCAUGAGCCAAGAAGACCAAGGGAUUCUUU